GCCCUGGUCCCGCCCUCGCGUCCCGCGCCAGUCCUCGCGCUUUGGUCCCGCCCCGAGGGCCGGCCCGGCUCCCCCGCCCCGGAUUUGAAUUCUGGGUCUUCCUGAGAGUCCGCGGGCUUCCGCUCCCAGCGCGGGAUUCUGGAGGGAAAUUGAGCGAAACUUGGAAACCGCGCCAGGCCCAACGGGUACCUAGAAGGGAGACAAAGCCAGGCCUGCUGCCCAGUUUGAGCUCUGGGAGGAAGAGGAGCAGGCCGGGACGCCCACCGGUAAUUUCUGUCUCCUCUGCGAUGACCUGAGGCCUUUGGGUUAUCCCCGGGUCCCUCUCCCUAAAUCAAAAGCCUUAACCUCCUGUCACCAGGGUGCCCGGCUAGAAAUAACCAGGUCCACGCAUGCUGUGUUUUCCACCAUGUCAGGCUUCUAUGGACGCUCUUUCAAUCACAAAAGCCACGAGCUGCGUGGAGUUCCCAAGGAGGCAGUUCUCAGCACUUGCUGGUCACUGGGUAGUCAGAGCCUGGACACACAGGCUCAGGCCGCUCCACGAGUCAUAGUAGUGUACUUAAUCCACAUAUAAAUGCUACAGGUUAAGCAUCCCACAACAAAGUAGCAUUUAAUAUCAUGAGGAAAAAGAGAUAAGACAAAGAGAUUAACGAACCAAUCCAGAGGGAGUGAAGAAGAGGAAAAGAAGCCUGGUUUGGGCCGAGAGGUCUUUCUGCAAAGACAGCGUCAAUUAAGCCGGCUGUUUGGAGCUGCCGAAGGCCUCAUCUUUUAUAGUCACAGAGUCCUGUGGUGAGAACUGAGGUGUCCCAGAGGUGACAGAACUUGAUCUGGGCCUGGAAGGGGAAGAAUUCGGGAAAGGCAACGUGGGGCUUUCCAGACCAAGCCCCAGUUGUCUUCUGAUGCUCACCCCAGCUGUUAAAAUUUUCAAGCUGUGCAGAUGUGAAGGAGGCAUGAUAUAUACUGAACUUCUCUUUCUUCUUCUGUUGAUGCUCGUGGUCUCCCCAGUUCAUAGUAAUUGAUAGAAAUAUUACGUGGGAUAGGAUUUAUUCUCUCCACACUUCUGAACCAAUGAAUAGAAAAUGGGAAGCAAAACUGAAGCAAAUUGAAGAACGAGCAUCUCAUUAUGAGAGGAAACCGUUGUCCUCAGUGUAUAGACCAAGAUUGUCCAAGCCAGAAGAACCACCCUCCAUUUGGAGACUAUUUCAUCGACAAGCUCAAGCUUUUAAUUUUGUUAAAAGCUGUAAAGAAGACGUUCAUGUAUUUGCUUUGGAAUGCAAAGUAGGAGAUGGACAACGUAUUUACCUUGUGACAACCUAUGCUGAAUUUUGGUUUUACUAUAAAUCCAGAAAAAAUCUCUUACACUGCUAUGAAGUUAUUCCUGAAAAUGCUGUGUGCAAGCUUUAUUUUGAUUUGGAAUUUAACAAACCUGCCAACCCAGGAGCUGAUGGGAAAAAGAUGGUUGCAUUACUCAUUGAGUAUGUGUGUAAAGCACUUCAAGAGUUAUAUGGUGUUAAUUGCUCAGCUGAAGAUGUUUUGAACUUGGAUUCUAGCACUGAUGAAAAAUUCAGCCGGCAUUUAAUAUUUCAGCUCCAUGAUGUGGCAUUUAAAGAUAAUAUUCAUGUUGGUAAUUUUUUGAGAAAAAUUUUGCAGCCUGCUCUUGACUUGCUUGGCACUGAAGAUGAUGAUAGCGCUCCAGAGACAACAGGCCACGGAUUUCCCCAUUUUUCGGAAGCACCUGCAAGACAAGGAUUUUCUUUCAACAAAAUGUUCACAGAAAAGGCUACAGAGGAAAGCUGGACAUUGAAUUCAAAGAAACUGGAGAGGCUGGGGUCAGCUGAGCAAAGCAGUCCUGACCUUUCAUUUCUAGUUGUGAAGAAUAACAUGGGAGAGAAGCAUCUUUUUGUAGAUCUCGGAGUUUAUACAAGAAAUAGAAACUUUCGGCUAUAUAAAUCAUCAAAAAUAGGAAAGCGUGUGGCUUUGGAAAUUACUGAAGAUAACAAAUUUUUUCCUAUACAGUCAAAAGAUGUUUCUGACGAAUAUCAAUAUUUUCUCUCUUCUUUGGUCAGCAAUGUCAGUUUAAAUGUGAAUCUUACAGAGGUGGAGGGUUCUUCUACUGAAUACAGUUACCUUGUCUUUUGUGUAUUCCAAGUAAAUACCAGGUUCUCAGAUACUUUACGAAUUCUUACAUGUGACCCAUCUCAGAAUAAACAAAAAGGAGUUGGAUAUUUUAACAGUAUCGGCACUUCAGUAGAAACCAUUGAAGGUUUUCAGUGUUCUCCCUAUCCUGAAGUUGAUCAUUUUGUUCUUUCUUUGGUGAAUAAAGAUGGCAUUAAAGGAGGAAUUCGGCGUUGGAACUACUUUUUCCCAGAAGAAUUACUGGUUUAUGAUAUUUGUAAAUAUCGGUGGUGUGAAAACAUUGGAAGAGCCCAUAAGAGUAAUAAUAUAAUGAUUCUGGUUGAUCUGAAAAAUGAAGUUUGGUAUCAAAAAUGUCAUGACCCUGUAUGUAAAGCAGAAAACUUCAAAUCUGACUGUUUCCCAUUACCUGCUGAAGUAAGUCUCCUGUUUCUUUUCAAAGAGGAAGAAGAGUUUACAACAGAUGAAGCAGAUGAAACUAGGAGCAAUGAAACCCAGAAUCCUCAUAAACCAUCACCUAGCAGGCUGUCAACAGGUGCAUCUGCUGAUGCUGUCUGGGAUAAUGGCAUUGAUGAUGCUUAUUUUUUAGAAGCUACUGAAGAUGCUGAAUUAGCUGAAGCUGCAGAGAACAGUCUUCUCAGUUAUAACAGUGAAGUGGAUGAAAUUCCUGAUGAACUAAUUAUAGAAGUAUUACAAGAGUAACUAAUUCACUAUGGACACGUUUGUCACCAGGCUAUAAUUUGCCUGAUGUCUGUGAGAUUUGAUAAAUAUAUCAUUCAACCUGUUUAUAUAAACUAAGUUUUAUCACUUUGCUUUCCAAUUUUUGUUUUUUACUUCUGUAAACCAAUUUCAUUAAAAAUUAGCUUUGGUGUACUUAAA